CCCCGCCCCUGCUGGCGGGCUUGCUUUGUUGGAGGCGGUCCUGGAUCACGGAGCCCCGCCCGACGCUGCGUGUCACCAGGGCAACCGGAGAGUACUCAGCUAAACCAGACUCAGAGGACGGCGGCCGUACUGGCUGCGAUGAUGUCCAAAUCGGUGCAUGGCCUGCCUUUUCUCCCGGGCACAUCCUUUAGGGACUCCACGAAAACAGCCUUUCAUAGAAGCCAGACGCUGGGCUACAGGAAUGGCUAUGCAGUUGUACAACGCCCAACAGUUGGAAUUGGUGGGGACGGGCUUCAGGCUAAGCAGCUGUCUCAGGCUGAGUUGGAUGAGUUGGCCAGGAAAGCACCAUUUCUAACUUAUGGCCAAGCUAAGCAGGCUCCACCUGUAGAGUUUAUUCCUGCAUAUGUGGCUUUUGACAAGAAGGUGCUGAAAUUUGAUGCUUAUUUCCAAGAAAAUGUUCCUAUGUCAACUGAGGAACAUUAUAGAAUUCGUCAAGUGAAUAUUUACUACUAUCUAGAAGAUGAUAGCAUGUCUGUCAUAGAGCCAGUUGUGGAAAACUCUGGGAUCCCUCAAGGCAAGUUAAUCAAACGCCACUGCCUACCCAAGAAUGAUGUAGGAGACCAUUAUCAUUGGAAAGACCUAAAUCGAGGAAUAGACAUUACAAUUUAUGGCAAAACUUUUCGCAUUGUCGACUGUGACCAAUUCACACAGGAAUUUUUAGAAAGUCAAGGAAUUGAAUUAAAUCCACCAGAGAAGAUGGUCCUUGACCCUUACACUGAGCUCCGGAAACAACCUCUUCGCAAGUAUGUCACCCCAUCGGACUUUGAUCAGCUCAAGAGAUUUCUCACUUUUGACAAACAAGUUCUUCGGUUCUAUGCGAUCUGGGAUGAUACUGACAACAUGUUUGGUGAAUGUCAGAACUACAUUAUUCAUUACUAUCUUAUGGAUGAUACGGUGGAAAUUCGAGAGGUCCAUGAACGAAAUGAUGGGAGAGAUCCUUUUCCACUUCUGAUGAACCGCCAGCGCAUUCCCAAGGUCUUGGUGGAGAAUGCAAAGAACUUCCCUCAGUGUGUGCUAGAGAUCUCUGAUCAGGAAGUGUUAGAAUGGUACACUGCCAAAGACUUCAUUGUGGGGAAACCGCUCACUAUCCUCGGGAGAACUUUCUUCAUUUAUGAUUGCGAUCAGUUUACUCGACAGUACUACAGAGAAAAGUUUGGAAUCCCUGAUUUACCACGCAUAGAUGUAAGCAAGCCGGAACCACCUCCUGUAAAACAGGAAUUACCUCCGUAUAAUGGUUAUGGACUAGUUGAAGAUUCUGCUCAGAAUUGCUUUGCUCUCAUUCCAAAACCUCCAAAAAAAGAUAUUAAAAUGCUGCUGAGUGACAACAAGGUGCUUCGUUAUUUGGCUGCACUGGAAUCCCCUAUUCCAGAAGACAAAGAUCGUCGAUUUAUCUUCUCUUAUUUUCUAGCCACUGAUAUGAUCAGUAUCUUUGAGCCUCCUGUUCGGAAUUCUGGUAUCAUUGGGGGCAAGUACCUGGGCAGGUCUAGAGUUGUGAAGCCUCUCUCUCCAGUGGACAACCCCAUCUACUAUGGCCCUGGUGACUUCUUCAUUGGUGCUGUGAUUGAGGUAUUUGGCCACCGGUUCAUCAUCCUUGAUGCAGAUGAGUAUGUUUUAAAAUACAUGGAGAGCAAUGCUGCCCAGUUUUCACCAGAAGCAUUCUCAUCAGUUCAGAACCGUAUCCAAAAGCAAGAAGCUGCUGCACCAGAGUUGGAAAACAAGCAAACUGAAGAGGAUCCAGGCACACAAGAACUAGAAGCAUUAAUAGACACAAUCCAGAAGCAACUAAAAGAUCAUCCAUGCAAAGACAACAUUCAUGAAGCAUUUCAAAUUUAUGACAAGGAAGAUUCAGGAUACAUGGACAGAGAGACAUUCUUCAAAAUCUGUGAUUCUCUGAAUGUCCCAGUUGAUGACUCUGUGGUCAAGGAGUUAAUCAGGUUGUGCUCUCCUGGAGAAGGCAGGAUUAACUACUAUAACUUUGUUCGUGCUUUCUCAAACUGACCUGGAUGGUGAGAGAACACAAUACAAAUUUUUGAUGUUGGACCUAAACUUGGAAAUAUGUCUUGUGCUCUUCAUAGAGGCAUCUAUAGAGCUCCUGAAAUUGUAUUUCUUUUUUGGUUCUUGUUUCACAACUGCUGAAGUCUAAAUUAAAUUGAUUCUAAGAUUAAA